AUGUUAGAGGAGCCCGUUAGGCUAGCGCUCCAGGGAACCAAGAGACCGCAUGAGUCGUCGCAGCUGACGGGAGAAUCCAAGAGGGGGCGACUCGGGGAUGAGAGGGUUGACCAGGCGAGUAUCGUCUUCCAGCCAGCCCCCGAAGCCCUCGUCGCCCAAGCGGCGGCCACCCCAGAGCCGCGGCAUCAGCACGCCGUGGGUGACGAAGCUCGAGCCCUCGUAGCCGGGUUCCGCCACCCCUUCGAGGAACUGCACACAGGCGAUACGGCCAAGAUUCUCGGGCCCGAUGGUGAGGAUUACACGCUGAGCUACGACAAGAGGAUCUCGCUACGGUCGAACAGCCACGUCUUCUCGGCCCAUCAUUCGCAGGUCCCCGAACAACUCGUGGUCGUCAAGGUUGUUCGCUCACCAUCGGGACCUAUCGCGCUGGGGGAAUCUUAUACAGUGGGGGACAAACUCCGCAGGACGGCUGAGGUGUGGCUACGGGAAGUCAAGAUCCACUCGCAACUUUCACAGCACAAAAAGGCGUCGGUCGUACGUCUGCACGACCACGACGCGAGGUUCCUCGCGCUCUACAUGGAAAAUGUCGACGCGCCUUCAUUGCUGCAGUACCGCUGCGAUACCAUGACGCUCGCGGACCACGCACGUGUACUGUCGGAUACGGCGACGGCACUCCUCUACAUCCAUCACCAGGGCUUCGUACACAACGACAUCAAGCCGGGUAAUAUUCUCUUCUCACGUGAGCGUGGGGCCGUGGUUAUCGACUUUGGGGUGUCAUCGGAGAUUGCCUUUCAGAGUGUGAACACAGGUGGCACACCGUGGUACGUGCCGCCCGAGUACGCGGAGACGCGAAUCCAUUACACGGCCCGUGGUGAUGAGAUUGCAGUGGUGGUAUGGAACGGCGCGUAUUCGGGAGCCACGUCCAAAGGCGCGCCGCUGGUCACCUUCCUCGGCAACUUAACCAACCAAAGCCAUGGUAGCUUGGGCACAAGCCAAGCGACAGGGAAUACCAGCAACUCUCCUCCCCAAGACAAACGACGGGUUACGCCAGCCAUGAGCGGGGUUCUUCCGACACCAGAUUACGGCUUCGAGCGACACCGGCGGUGGCCAUGGUGGAAGUUCGAGAUGCAUCCUACCGAUCUCUUUACCACGCUCCACGCCCGCUUUAACACGAGGACCUCCCAUAUCCAAGACCCUGGCGCGUUCAUUGUCGACGUUCGUGAAUGCAUCGACGAGUCGCCUGAUAUCGGGACAUUCUACGCGAAAAUGGACGAGCGGAGAGACAAGCGAGUUCACGAGUUAGAGGGAGCCUGGUUUAACGUCUGUCGCUUGAUGAUGACGCUGAUAACCGAAGAACCGAUCUGCGGCGAUCCCAACUGCAAGUCCUUGGAUACGGAUUCCAAGCUGCCUCGUGUGUCCAAAAACGACACAAGAUGGGACAGGGCGGCCGCGCUCGCCCAUAUGUCGCGCACUAUGGCGUUCGAUAAUAUGGUUGACUUCUUCGAAGGUUUCGUCCGCGACAAGCGCGAGAGAGAACUACGUAAGAAAGAGCUACCACCGUACCCGCCCAAGCCCCUCCAACCGCCGGCGAUUGCUCCCAUCUUCCCCCCCCCUCUUUCGCCCGUCUCCGCUCCUAGCGAUCGGGUAGACGAGGUUACUGCGACAACACAAAAAUCCCCAGACCAAAGCAACGCCGGAAAGCCCACUCCCGUCCCCGCUACAGAUGGCUCCGCCAAAACAGCCGCCCCGUCCUGGCAGCCGAGGGCCCCCUCGUCCUUACCAGCGCUAUCGCCGAGCCCGCCCGACAAGCGGAGGAAGACGGACGAGGAAGAAGCGUGUUCCGAAGGUUUCGCUGAUGAGACCGCGUCGCCCGUAAGCCGCAAGAGAAGGCGUAGCAUUACGGGUUCGGGGACGGACGGGGGGGAUGAUGACGGCACGGCGUCUGGAUGUACAAAUACGUCGAGGAAGCGGGCACGUGCCACGGACGGUGGGACAGCACCAGAGGAUGGACAGCCUCGUGGUGGCAGACGAUCAUGGGCCUUGGAAAAUGAGGUAGAAUCAGGGGGGGCCAAAGGAUAG